UUGGGCCCCAUAGUCCCUUUUUUGGCUCUCGGAGUCCCAUUUUUGGGGCCAGAAAUCCCCUUUUUUGGCUCCCGGAAUCCCCUUUUUGGGUCUAAAAGUCCCAUUUUUGGGUCUAAAAGUCCCAUUUUGGGGUCCAAAAGGGCCAUUUUGGGGUCCAAAAGUCCCCUUUUUGGGGCCAGAAAUCCCCUUUUUGGGACCAGAAGUCCCAUUUUUGGGGCCAGAAAUCCCCUUUUUUGGGUCCAGAAGUCUUAUUUUUGGGUCCAAAAGGGCCAUUUUUGGGUCUAAAAGUUCCAUUUUGGGGUCCAAAAGGGCCAUUUUGGGGUCCAAAAGGGCCAUUUUUGGAUCCCAAAGUCCCAUUUUUGGCUCCUGGAGUCCCAUUUUUGGGGCCAGAAAUCCCAUUUUUGGGUCCCGAAGUCCCAUUUUGGGGCCAGAAAUUCCCUUUUUGGGACCAGAAGUCCCACUUUUGGGGCCAGAAAUCCCCUUUUUUGGGUCCAGAAGUCUUAUUUUUGGGUCCAAAAGGGCCAUUUUUGGGUCUAAAAGUUCCAUUUUGGGGUCCAAAAGGGCCAUUUUUGGGUCCCGAAGUCCCAUUUUUGGGUCUCGAAGUCCCAUUUUGGGGCCAGAAAUCCCCUUUUUGGGCCCCAUAGUCCCUUUUUUGGCUCUCAGAGUCCCAUUUUUGGGGCCAGAAAUCCCCUUUUUUGGCUCCCGGAAUCCCCUUUUUGGGUCCAAAAAGCCCAUUUUUGGGUCCCAAAGUCCCCUUUUUGGGUCCCAAAGUCCCCUUUUUGGGUCUAAAGGUCCCAUUUUGGGGUCCAAAAGGGCCAUUUUGGGGUCCAAAAGCCCCCUUUUUGGGGCCAGAAAUCCCAUUUUUGGGACCAGAAGUCCCAUUUUGGGGGCCAGAAAUCCCUUUUUUGGGGCCGGAAGUCCCAUUUUUGGGUGUAAAAGUGCCAUUUUUGGGUCCCGAAGUCCCAUUUUGGGGCCAUGUUUUACCACCCUGAGAUUCUGCAGCGCCGCAGCGGCUGCUUUGGCACCAUUUGGUUGGCCGCCACCUGCGUGUCCCGUCUGCAGCGCCGGGAGGUGAUGGCCGUGGAUGUGCCCCGAACGUGCUCCGCCCUGGCCGCCUUCGUGCAGGGAUUGGCUCUGCCCCGCUCUCUGGCCCCGCCCCUUCCGGCCGAAGCUCCGCCCCUCCGCUGCUCCCUCUAUCUGGCGGCGCUGCUGCAGCUCGGCCUCACCCGCGUCUAUUGGAGGCAGUGCGGGGCGCUGGCGGAGGAGGUGGCGGCGGUGUGGGGCCGACUGCACCGCCUCCAUCCGCCCCCCACCAUCGACCUCAGCCCCACGGCGCGGCUGCAGCUGCUCCCCGAUGCGCAGUGUGCGAUGGCAGCGCUGGAAUUCGCCCCCGAUCCGUUCUUUGGGCUCAUGGAGGGGGGGCCGCCCAGCCCCACACAGCUGCUGCGGAUCCUGGAGGAGCCGCUCUUCCUUGCUCCCACUCCGGAGAGCAUCACCAUGAGGGAAGCGGAAGGCGCCGCUCUGCCCCCACUGCUGGAGGAGGCGGAGCUGCCCGAACCGACCCCGGAGGAGCUGCAGUUCAUCAGUGAGGCCGAAUCGGAGCUGCUGCCCCACUUGGAGGAGAUCCCGGAGGAGGAGGAGGAGGUGGGGGGCCCUGCAGUGGAGCUGGAAGUGCCCGAGGAGCCCCAACUGCCCCCAGAGGCCGCCCGCCCCCCCCGGCCGCCCCCCACAGCCGCCCCCCUUCAGAUCCCGGCAGCGCAGUUCCGCGCUCAGCUCCGCCCCACAGUGCACUGCGGCCCCAUGAUCAUCCCAGAGCUGCACCCAGAAUGGCGUCGGACCCCCAUGGAGCUCUUCAGGACCCCCGCUGUGGGAUGGCUGCCCCCCGAGUUAUGGGAUCUGUGGGUCAGAGCCGCCCGCCCCAUAGCGCCGGAGCCCAGUGAGGUGGAGAGCCCCGCCCCCUCUGCCCGAACUUCCGGAAGAGGCGGUACUUCCGCCGGUGGGCGUGGCUUCGAUGCGGCGGGCGGCGCUGGAGGGAGCGGCGCGACCGGAAGGGGCGGAGCUUCACGGGCUCCUGCCGAGCUCCGCCCCCCGGAAGUUGUGGGCGCGGCUCUUCCGGGUUUGUCUGGAUCUGUGCGCUGCUGGUUGGCUGCGGCUGGAGCAGUCCCGCCCCUUCGGACCAAUCGGCAUCCGGCUCGGCCCACGAGGCCCCGCCCACCCCUCCCCCAGCCCCGCCCGCGCGGAAUGAAGGGGGCGUGGCCUCGGCCGGCGCUCUUUUAUUGGACCGUGCUUGGUGUCAUGGCGGCCGCGUCGUCCAAUCCCUGCAAAGGGGCGGGGUCAGGAGCGGGGAAGGGGCAUCGAUGGGGCACGGGGGGAUGCUGUGGGUCUGUGGGGCAGUUAUGGGUCUCUGUGGGGCAGUUGUGGGUUGCUAUGGGUCUCUACAGGGCAGUUAUGGGUCGCUAUGGGUCUCUAUGGGGCAGUUAGGGGACACUAGGGAGCAGUUAUGGGUCUCUAUGGGGCAGUUGCAGGUCGCUAUGGGGCAGUUAUGGUUGCUAUGGGGCAGUUAUGGGUCGCUAUGGGUCUCUGGGGCAGUUACGGGGCAUUCAGGGGCAGUUAUGGGGCACUAUGGGGCAGUUAUGGGUCUCUGUG